UUUCAAGCUGCCUAUAUAGCUGCCAUUUGCUGUUUGCUCCAAUGGCUUCAACACCUCAUGUAACAGAAAACCAACCAAAGGCUCGGGCUGGGCAGCAAGAAGCAAAAGAAGAAGACAUGCUAAGUGAAGAAGGUAAGGAGCUAAUUCAAACUCUUCCUAGGGAGAAAGGUUGGAUAACUUCCUAUAUCUAUCUUUACCAAGGCUGUUGGAUCUCACCAAAUGCAAUCAAAGGAAUAAUCCCUUUUCAAAAGCAGUUCCAAGCUAAAGAUAGUGAUAUUGUUGUUCCCAGCCUUCCAAAAUCAGGCACAACCUGGUUGAAAGCUCUUACCUUCGCCAUAGUUAACCGCCACCAAUAUUUGCCUUCCUCAAAUGACCACCCAUUACUCACAUACAAUCCGCAUCAUAUUGUGCCUUUCUUCGAACUUGCUGUCUACGGUAAUUCCACUAAUCAAUCUUCUUUCACAUCCUUGAUGACGACGAAGCGAAGAAUCUUCGGUACUCAUCUCAUGUUCCCUUCACUGGCCAAGUCCAUCAAAGAAAACUCCAAAUGUAAGAUAAUUUAUAUUUGUAGGAACCCAUUUGACAACUUUGUAUCUCUUUGGAUCUUCUUCAACAAAGUUAAGCCAGAAUCUUUACCUAAGUUCACUCUAGAAGAAGAUUUUGAAAGGUUCUCCAAGGGGAUAAUUUCAACACCGUAUGGUCCAAUUUGGGACCAUAUGUUAAGUUACUGGAAUGAGAGCAUAGCAAGACCAGACAAGGUUUUGUUCUUGAAGUAUGAGGAUCUUAAAAAAGAUAUAGAUUUUCACGCGAAGAAGGUGGCCGAGUUCUUGGGUUGUCCUUUCAGUGAGGAAGAGGUAAGUGGCGGGGUGAUUGAAAACAUUGUCAAAUUGUGUAGUUUUGAGAAGAUGAAAGAAUUGGAGGUUAAUAAAUCUGGGACUGUGGACCGUUUUAACAUUGAGAACAAGCAUUUCUUUAGGAAGGCUCAAGUAGGGGAUUGGGUGAAUCACCUUUCACAUUCAAUGAUUGAAAAGUUAUCCAAAAUCACACAAGAAAAGUUAAGUGGAUCAAGCCUAUCAUUUAGCUAGAGAGUGCUCUUAACAGCCCACGCAAGCUUCCCAGCUUUGGUUAAUGGUUACUAUUUCUAAAAUAAGUGGCUAGCUAGCCACAUA